GUGGGGGGCGUCAAGAUGAACGUGGUCUUUGCAGUGAAGCAGUACGUCUCCAAGAUGAUCGAGGACAGCGGGCCCGGCAUGAAAGUGCUGCUGCUGGACAAGGAGACGACCAGCAUCGUGAGCAUGGUGUACACGCAGUCAGAGAUCUUGCAGAAGGAGGUCUACCUCUUCGAGCGCAUUGAUUCCGCCAACCGGGAGAACAUGAAGCACUUGAAAGCCAUCUGCUUCUUGCGACCUACUAAGGAAAAUGUGGACUACCUUAUCCAAGAGCUGCGCAGGCCGAAAUACAGCAUCUACUUCAUUUAUUUCAGCAACGUGAUCAGCAAGAGUGACAUCAAGUCCCUGGCUGAGGCAGACGAGCAGGAAGUGGUAGCCGAAGUCCAGGAAUUCUAUGGAGAUUUCAUUGCCGUGAACCCGCACGUGUUUUCCCUCAACAUCUUGGGCUCCUUCCAGGGUCACAGCUGGGAUCCGGCCCAGUUGUCCAGGGCAACCCAAGGUCUGACCGCCCUGCUGCUGUCUCUGAAGAAGUGCCCCAUGAUUCGUUACCAGCUCUCUUCCGACGCAGCCAAAAGGCUCGGCGAAUGUGUCAAGCAAGUGAUCACUAAAGAGUAUGAGCUCUUCGACUUCCGGCGCACUGAAGUUCCUCCGUUGCUCCUUCUCCUGGACCGUUCAGACGACGCCAUCACACCACUGCUGAACCAGUGGACAUACCAGGCCAUGGUGCAUGAACUGCUAGGGAUUAACAACAAUCGGAUUGAUCUCUCGCGUGUCCCAGGCAUAAGCAAGGAUCUUCGGGAAGUGGUUUUGUCUGCCGAAAAUGACGAGUUUUACGCCAACAACAUGUACCUGAACUUUGCAGAAAUUGGCAGCAAUAUCAAGAACCUCAUGGAGGACUUCCAGCGGAGGAAGCCGAAGGAGCAGCAGAAGCUGGAAUCUAUAGCAGACAUGAAGGCAUUUGUGGAGAACUACCCACAGUUCAAGAAGAUGUCCGGCACAGUCUCCAAGCACGUCACUGUGGUGGGGGAGCUUUCCAGGCUGGUCAGCGAGAGGAAACUGCUGGAGGUGUCUGAGGUCGAACAGGAGUUGGCUUGCCAGAGCGAUCACUCCAGCGCUCUGCAGAAUGUGCGGCGGCUCUUGCAGAACCCCAAGGUGAGUGCACUUGACGCGGCCAGGUUGGUGAUGCUCUACGCCCUUCACUACGAAAGACACAGCAGCAACAGCCUUCCCGUCCUCGUGGCGGAUCUGAAGAACAGAGGAGUUUCUGAGAGACACCGCAAGCUGGUGUCUGCCGUUAUAGAAUAUGGAGGGAAGCGAGUUCGAGGGAGUGACCUCUUCAGUCCCAAGGAUGCGGUCUCUAUCACCAAACAGUUCCUCAAAGGGCUGAAGGGAGUGGAGAACGUGUACACCCAGCACCAGCCGUUGCUGCACGAGACCCUCGAUCAGCUCAUCAAGGGUAAACUGAAGGAUAGCCAGUACCCCUACCUGGGUCCCAGCACGCUGCGUGACAGGCCGCAAGACAUCAUUGUGUUUAUCAUCGGAGGGGCGACCUACGAAGAAGCCCUGACCGUUUACAAUCUGAAUCGCACCACCCCCGGGGUCCGGAUUUUGCUGGGUGGCACCAUUAUCCACAAUACGAAAAGCUUCCUGGAAGAGGUCUCAGCGGCUGGUUUCCGUGGACGCGGCAUGGAGAGUUCCCAAGCGGCGUCCCGGGCGGCCAGCAGGCGAUGA